AACGCCUCUCAGUGUCAGUCGGUCGUUUAGUACGCACGUAAACACUGACGGCGCACCGUCACGGUUCACGCAACUCCGGUAUCACCUUUGCGCGAACGAACAAACGCACGCACGUUGUGUGUGUGUGAGCGAGUGUUUUGCCCUUGCACGGAGCAGUGGCUUUGGAUGAGCGAAUUGUUGUUAUAAUCCUGCGUCUGCCACCGUGCUUCAAUUGGAUAAUCGUUUCAAUUCCUUGCCCGCCGGCUGGAUGCCAUCUUUAUGCGAUACGCAGUGAUACGCUUAGUACGUUGCUUUCUUGAGCACAUACACCGCGCAUCGUAUGUAAAUGAGUGGUAAAAAAUGAGCCGGCUAAACAAUAAUGGGCCGGUGGAGCCGGUGGUGGGAUUUAGGCUUGCGCUCCAUCCAAACUGUUCAAACGGUAACGACACGAACGAGACCGGCUCGUCCGCGCCCGAGCUACAUGUGCAUCUGAUCGGCGCCCGCCACUUGCCGACCAGUUUCGGGCUGAAAAGUGUGGAAGGUUUCAUGGUGAAGGUGAAGCUGUUCCCGGGCGCGAUCAAGUUCGACUCCACCAUCCAGAGCAAUUCGUGGCCCGAGUUCAAUGAAACGUUUCGAUUUCCGCUGGUCACCACGCACAAGUCUUCGUUUCGCGUGAAAAAGAACGAUAAACAGAAGGACAACAACGCAACGCUAUCGCUUCCGGAGAAGAUUUUCAACGGGAACUUUGUCGUCUUUACCGUGUUCGCCCUGCUGGAGCUUCCACCGGGGUACACGUCGUCGCUCAAAAGCAAAACGAUGACCUUCAUCCGGCAGGGCAGCCAGCGGUUGAAGGAUAAGCCGGUGAUCGGGAAGCUGGUCAAGGAUAUCGAGCCGGCCACGGAGCGGAACGCUAACUUUGACCAGAAGCAAAACCUGAAGCGGCUUACCACGAGCGAAAGCCAGCGCAACAUCGGCUCGGUAACGUACUUUCUCGAUCCGAAGUGCUUCGUCGGCGGUGAAAAGACGGGCAGCCGGAAGCAUCCGCUCGACUUUGCCACCGAGGAGCUGUGGCUGCCGAUCAAAGACAUCACCGUCACACCGUCGGCAGAAUCGCGUAUCACCGUUCAAAGCAGUCCCCGGGGCCAGGUGGAGGUGACGCUGCAGCUGUGCGAUUACACUGAGGUGCACAUCGACGCGAAGAGUUCGUCCCGGGAGGAUUGCAGCUUCAACAUCGACGGACCGUACUCGUCCCCGCCGACCUCGCCGCUGUCCUGCUCGUCCGGCAGCCCGGCGGCACCGUUCGAGAUGCGGCGCGGCUACUCGAACGGGUCGCCCGUGCCCGUCUCGAACGCGCACAAGAAUCGCUUCAGCUUUGACGUGCGCAAGAUCGUGCGGAGCGUCAAGAACAAGGACAAAAACCAUAAGGGGCUGUGCCUGAAGAUCUCGGUCGCGAAGAUGCGCUGCGGCAUCAAGGUGAAGGAGGAGUUUGAGUCGGUCGCGGAAAAGGUCUACCUGAAGACGACCGUGCUGGAGCAUCAGAUACUGGCGGCGAGCUGGAAGUCGGACCCGUUCCGGCCGGCCCUGUCGAGCCGCUGGAACGUGGACGACUGUACGGUGGUGGUGCCGCUCUGCGGCGAGGCGGGGCUGGACAAUCUUUCGAUUAAAGUUGCGCUGGCGGCGAAAAGCAAGGUGGGCAAAAAGACGCGCCUGGGGACGGUGUUUUUGGGCCCGAAGGCGCGCCAAUCCAACCCGGCCAUGGAGGACCAGUGGCGCAAGAUGAUCAUGUACAAGGGAUCGCCGAUAUCGGUUUGGCACAGCUUCGAGUAGGACGGUUGAACGGGGGAAUGUGGGGGGGUGAAAUGGGAUUUGCGGCCAUAUGUUUGUAAAUAUACUGCACGGAAUGAUGAUACUUUUAUGUGUACGACUUAUGAAUUUGGAAUAAAUAUUUAUUGCGUGUCUUUUAGAAGAGAA